CUCUCCGUUCGUUUUGCUGUGCACCGAGAUAUCCUUGACAUCAACCAAACCUCUCAAUCGCAAGUAUAGGUGCCGCCUCUGCACCCCGGGUCCCGCCUACCGCCCCAGAACCAAAGGAAAGACCCUCAACCACAACCACAAAUAUGGCGGACAAGAACAACCAAAACGAUGCCUCCGACUCGGAGCCGCAUGAGCGCACGACCAUGCAGCAGGAGAAGGCGGUUCUGAAGAAGAAGCAAGACAAGCGUGAAGCCGGCCUGCAAUCCGCACGCUCAAGAUCAUCAUCGCGCCGCGCCCGCCGCCAACGCAUCCAGAAAGGCAUCGAGGACGGAAAGUACAUGAAAACCGCAUCUCUCGAAGCCCUGGAAGAGGCCGACGCAAACAACGAACUCAACCAGAUGGGCAUGUUCGAGCGCAUCGGCCCAGACAGCACAUCCAUGGACGGCCCCGUGACGCACGCCCGAGCAAUGCGCGGCGAGAUCCCAAUGCGCGGUACCGAUCCCAACCAACCGUACCGCAUGGAUCCCGAGAAGAAGAAGGGCUCGCUGGAAGACCAGGAUGGUCUGAAACUCACACUAGAAGCGAAUCUCGAGAUUGAAAUCGAGCUCAAGGCAUCAAUCCGCGGCGACCUGACUCUUUCGUUAUAGUAAGUUCCUUCCCACACCCUUCCCCCUUACACCUGGUCUUGGUUUAUUGCGUCCUUACUUGUUUGCAGCGGCGACAUGCUGCCUGAAAUCUCGCUGCCCAAACUCCCUUCGCUGCCCAAACUCCCCUCGCUCUCCAAACUCCCCUCGCUCCCCAAACUGCCCAAACUGCCCAAAGUCGGCGAUGUGACAAAUGUUGUCCCCAAACCCAAACUUUCCGACGUCACAAGCCUUGUCCCCAACACCCCGAAUCUUUCAAAGGUGGUCUAGCCAUUUCCUAAUUCGGGUCUUAACAGUGAAUAGUGCAUGAUUGGACGUACCGAUGGCAGCAAUGCCGAACCAGUACCACGAAGCUCAUGACCCCACCUGGUACCGAACCAUCAACACGGAUCACGAAAAUCGUCGAGGAGAAACCCACUUUACCGUCCGUG